ACGAAGUCCUUAAAUAGCUCUCAGACGUGAUAAUCGGAUGCAGUUGACGUUCUUGAAAUAGGAAUCUUUGUCUCUUAAACAAAGCCCGUGAUAUCCUGUCCUUGUUGCCUAAAAGACUCUAGACUGGACACGCCCCGAAUACGCUCUGGAGGAGGAGUACAUAGCGGACACGUGAUUCCCACUGUUACCUUGAGGACCUUUCAGGCUCGGGUAAUUGCACAUGCUCAACACAUCGAGAGAACAACCGACUACGCUGCACAUCUACAAUUUCGGGAGUGUGUUUGGUAAUCGCAAGAUUAUCAAAGGGGAAGACAAGACCACAACUUUAUAUUUCAUGCAGAACACUCGGAGUUCGAUGCACUGGACUUUUGAUCUGCAUGCUGAUGGCUCAGAUGGUCCCUUGCUUUGUCGAGCUCAGUCUUCGUACAAUGGACCACCACUGUUGGAUGAAGUAAACCAUGGGCCCACGAUUUUAUCCAUGACUGGUAUCAGAUAUCCAGUCAAGAUGGAGAGGAAGCGUGGAGCCUUCAACGGAACGGUUUUCUUCGAGGGUCCCGACCAUAAGGAGUAUCGCUGGCAAACGACCGCGCGACUGUUUAGUGCUGCGAUGGAGUGUUUGGAUGCCGAGGACACCCUCAUAGCGACAUAUCGUGUUACAUCCAUGUCAGUGACGAAAGAUGGUGUUCUUGUUGUUCAACCCUCGGGGAAAUUCAUGCUGGACCUGCUCGUCGCUACCAGCCUUGCGAUGCGCACGCCCAAUAAUUGAAAUGUCUUUUGGAUACGCCCUCUUUUACCUCUACUUGGAAGAACUAUUCUGAUGCAUGUGGUCAUUCUAUUGGUGCUAUUUUUAUUGCGCGGGUCGUAUCUUCGUAAUUCACCAGCAUCGGCAAUUUCUAU